AUGGGGUGGCCUCUGGCGCCCCCGCCCGCCCCCGCCCCCGGCGCCGCCUGCGGUGCCAUAUCUGCCGCCGCCGCGGCCACUUUGCCCGGGCCUGCCCCAACCGGCAGGCCCCGGCCGCCGCGCCCGCCCCCGAGGCCCUCCCCGCCCCCGAGGCCCUCCCCCCCCCUGAGGCCGCCGCGCCCCCCGAGGGCCCCCCCCCGCCUACGCACCUGCGCCCCCUGCGGCCCCCGCGGCGCCACCAUCGCCCCCAGCGGCGCCACCAUCCCCCCCUGCGGCGCCCUCCCCCCCCCUGCGGCAGCACCAUUCCCCCCCCCCCCCGGGGGCUGGUUCCCCCUCCCCCCUUGGCGCCGCCCAGCUGCGAGCGCCCCUCCCACCGCCGCCCCGGGCUCCCCGGCCCCUGCCGCGUCCCCCGCCUCCCUCCGAUGA